GUCCCGUGUUAUAGGCCCACCGCGCUUCGCCCACCAACGACUCGUGACCAUUGCAAAUCUUCACUUUUUCCAGAACUAUGUCGAACUCAACUUGCACUUCUUCUCUGCAUAUGACAGACUGACUCUUAGAAAGAGUCACAAGACAUGGCUGGAUUGGUGGAGCUUCCUCUCAGAAUUCCUGAUCGGUUCUUCACUGAAUUACUCAAGUCGUGUCUCGCGGCCUGUGCUCUUGUAUCAACAGCGUGGAUUUCAUUCUUCGCACCACUAGUCUACAGAAACAUCGAGCUUAUAUGGCGACGACCACGAUCGAUAUGCAGUAUUGGCUCGCAUGGGAACACGCAUCCACUUCCCUGUCCCUGCGAAAUUUGUGGUUCGUGUGACGCACGAAAGAAAUGCGAACCACGCUUCCGGGGGGCAUCAUCAUGUCUCAAACCGAUACAUGAGUCGAAAUUCAACAUUCCAUAACUCCUUCGUCUCGUUGGUCCCGUGUCUCGCUCUAUCUGAACUCAGCCAGGACAGACUGGUCUCGCACAGGAUGACUGCCUCCGUAUACGCGACCUCCUCCAUCAAAAACUGA